GUGAUCAAACCAAGCUUUCAAUGGUAUCGUUGAAAAUCGGGCAAUGCAAUUCUUUGGACAGAGGAUAACUUAAAAUCACGUUUACAGUCCCUUCAAGAGUGUCCGACAACGAUCGGAUUUGUUGGCUGCACGCUAUAAAUCAUAAGAUUGUCGCCAAAUAUUUAUAAAAGCGCCAAGAAGCGUCGAUUGGCCCUGAAACCAGUUUACUUCAACAUCGAAGUUCAUAGUAUAAAAUGGGAAAAAUCAAAAAUGUAAUUAGUUCUUCUAAAACCAGGAACAAACCAUGAAGGGUUGUGUUUUAGUUCUAUUGAGUAUUGCUGUUGCGAGUGGUGAUCAGCACCAGCACCAGCAUCUCCAGUUUGGUCAGCAACAGCAUCAGCAGCAUGGUCUAAAUCCUUUCCGAACCUUCUCCCCUUCAACACGUGCACUGGUCAGAUCUCAAGCAUCAGCCCCUGUAUCAACUUUUAUCCCAAUCAGAUCCUCUUCUUCAACUUCUAACUAUGCCUUGCCUACUCUGUCCUAUACGCCAACACAAUCUACUAGAUACAUCCCUUCUACGAUUAAUGCGUAUUCCCCUUCAGCUUCUCUUACCCCCAUUCAAACCACAAGAUAUAUCCCAACAUCAGCAAAUGUCUAUACUUCUACUCCAGUGAGAUCUUAUGCCACUCCUGCACCUUCCUACACUUCCUCUCCCUCAUUUACCUACUCUUCUUCCCCAGCUCAUGUCACCCCUUCAACCUACACUUCUGCUAGAGCACAUGCUGCCCCAACUCCUUCCUACACCGUCACCAGAUCCCAUUCUACUCCAAGCCAAACCUUAACCUCUGCCAGAGCCUAUAAUGCCCCAACCUACACUGACAAUGCCUCUGCUUACAGCUUCAAUUAUGGUGUUGCAGACACCUAUUCUGGUGCUAACUACAACCAUGCAGAAUCCAACAAUGGUUACUCCACCUCCGGGUCCUACUCUGUUGCUCUCCCUGAUGGAAGAAUCCAAACUGUCAACUACAGGGUUGAUGAUGAUACCAGUGGAUAUGUUGCUGAUGUCAGCUACUCAGGAGAAGCAAGAUAUGAUGCAGGAUCCAGCUACGCCCCAACCUCAUCUUACAAUGCUGUUCCCAUCAGAUCUGCACCAACCCCUUCUUUUUCCUAUGCUCCUACAGUUUCCUUCGUGGCUGUACCUAAGCCAACUCCUGCUAGUGACUACACCAAAGCAAGACCUGUUCCAACCCGUAUUCCAGUUUUUGAAUCUGAGUCCAGUGGAUAUGGCCGUUAAGAAGAUCAGAGCUUGGUUUAUUACUUUUUUAUUUCUUUUUAUUUAAUUAUUUAAAUAUAACUUAUUCAACUUUAUUUUCAUGCUUUGUUUGCUUUAUUAUGGAAUAAAAUUGAUUCCUAUU